GGCAAUGGGAUCAACAAGAACUGUUACGCCGACGACUACCUCGCGCAGCAGCAGCUCAACAGCACCGGCAUGACGUUGAACGGUGCUCUUGACACAUUCGCACAGACCACUCGUGGUGCACUGAUUGCCCAUGAAAAGACGCCUGUCGUAUGGGAAGGUAUG